AUGUCCAACCAAUUGCAUCAGGAAAGCAAUCCCCCGAAAAAAGAGCACGUCCUCGAGCGUUACCACGACACGAUAGCCCAGUACUAUCGGUCCAAGUGUCCCUCCUUGUACCGCAUAAUCAACGACCCGGCCGGACAACACGAGCGUACUCGCAAAUUCCUGAGGUUCGGGCUCGGCUUCACCCUGGGACUUUUACUGUACUUCUUCGUGAUCUCGGAUCUACAGCUGAACGCACUCGUCAGCAGAAUAUGCGGCGCCGCCUUGAUCGCCCUCCUGUCCCUGGGCUGCGCGUACUCGUUGCGAUUUCGGUGCAUCUGCCUGCUGACGAUACCAGGGUUGUUCGGCCGAGCCGGCCGGGGCGUGCUGAAAGCCCUGAUCCUCGGCUACGUGAUUGCCGGGCCCGUGUUGAACCUGAGCACCAACGCCAAGGAGGUGGUGCGGAGUUUCGCGUGCACGGGCCAACUGGUCGGCAACAUGACCAAGGCCAAGUACGACCUCAUGCUCGCGCCCUUCCGACAGGCCAUGAAAAACUUGAACGACAGCGCGGACGAGAUAAGGCGGACGGUGGGCUCGAUGGACGAGCUGAUACGGCCGAUCGCCCGGGAGAUCGAGGCCGAGGAAGACGAGGUGGAGUUCGAGGACCCUGGGGGUGGGACCGAUCUACCGGAGGAAGAAGAGUCGAGCGGCUACGACGAGGAGGAGGCGAGCGGCGAUUACACGGGGGAGGAAGAACCGAGCGGUGACUCGGAGGAACCACCCCCGUUACCGCGGAAGCGACGCGACGGUGAUAAAACGGAUGGCAAAAGCAGAGCCGCCGCCGAGUACGAGAAGGGCUACCUAAGGAAAAUAUCGUCCCGGUGCAAGAAACAGCUAAACCGCGGCUCCGAGACGUGCAGGGAAACAUUCAAAAACGCGUACAAUCGGUGCUACAAGAGCGUCACGUGGGUGGCCGGAUGGAUGCUCUGUUGGCCUAUGAAGCUAAACUUUGCCUGUAAUUUGGUCGAGACCUUGGGCGGCAACAAAGUCUGCGAUCCCGAGGGCAAGGUCGACGUCGGCUUCGGCGAAGGAUACGCAACCCUCAAAGAGACCCGGGACAAGUUGAACGAGAGCUUGUCGGAUGCGCGGAUCGAGUACAAGAUAGACACGAGGGCGAUCGCCCAGUCGGAGGUGAAGGACAUGGGUCGCGCGGCGGCCGGUGUCAUGCGAGACUUUGAGACGCGGAGGCGCUUCGUCGAAGGCGUCGUCACGUUCGUCAAGCGUUGCCUGUCGCUCGUAUUUUUGAAAAUCGUGUACAGCGCCACCGAGUAUCACUCCAAGUACUUGACGGACGUCGAGCACGACAACGUCUACGUGACGAGUUACUUCCGGCGCGUGGACGCGCGCAGGCGAGCCAGGGGCGCCCCGACGCUGCUGCCCCUCAAGAAACUCGAGAGGACCAAGCUGCUCGAUCCCUACACCCUCCGGCAGACCAGGGCCGAAAAGAGACACCUGUACGGCCAAACGGCCAGGCUCAUCCUCGAGGUAGUCACGGUUUCGACCUUUGUUUUGCUCGACAAGCUGCUGUUCGAGCUCCUCGACGUCAUCCGCAGACACGCGCGGCUCGAAAUCACCCAGACGGGCCGACACGACAUGUCGCUGGAGAUCCAGGGCCGUGGCCUCGUGGCCAAACUGGUCCGCAGUCUGGUGCGCGGCUUCAACCGCAAGCACCGGAUCUCCCAGCUGCUGACCAACGAAGCUUGCCUACCGCGGCCCAGUCGCGUGCCGAGCUCCAUCCUCCUCGUCAUCUACGGCGGCUACCUCCUCGUCUGGCUACUGCUGCUCCUCCAGGCCUACGGCCAACGGCUACGCCGAGUGAUAGCUGGCUUCUUCUACCACAGGCGCGAGAAACGGCGCGUCCUCCACCUGUACAACGAGAGCCUACGCCGCAGACGGGGCUUCCUGCGCUACGCCCGGUCCCGAGCGGCCCAGGCAGCCCGAGGCAGACUCCUCGCCCCGGAGGCCCGUUUCUGGCUGGAGCUGCGCGAGAACCGACCACGGCUCUGGACCUGGCUGCGCCGGCUCGGCUUGGCCCGGCUCGACUGCGUCGUCUGCGGCGACCCGGAGCCCCGCCGUGGCCAGCACCACACGUGCCGGGGAUCCAGCUGCUUGGCUGCCUACUGCGAGGACUGCUGGAAAGAUCUCGGGCGUAGCUGUUGGGCCACGGGUUGCGCACCGGGGGCACCCAGUGGCGGGGAUGACGACGAUUACGACGACGACUAG